UUACUCUUAUAAUAUUACAUUUUUAAGAAUUUUGAAGGUCAAAAGCCAGGUUAAAAUUUCAAGAGAAAAUUUUUUAUGUAAUGAUUAAAUAAAUGCGUAAUUAAAUGCGUUAAGGAAUUAUACCACUGUAUAAUUUUCAAAAAAUCGAAAAAAAUUUUUUUUCCUUAAAUAAUGCCUUAAUGUCUUAAAAACAAGUUUUAAUUGGUUUUAUAGCUUAAAAUAUUUUUAUGAUGUUUUUAUGAAUGUACAGUCACAGCGCCGUUUUGAGCGUAUCUCAGCACGGCCGCCGCGCACACUUAGAUCUUUGAAUUCCCUAGGUAACAAGUAACUUACUUUCGAAUAACGAGUUUCUCCAAGUAAUUGUAGAUGGCAUUAGUAAUCUUUUGAAAAAAAAACGGUUCUAUAGUUCAAGCUUGUUUCUAUUAAUAUAGAUUAACUUUAAUUUUAGUGAUAAAAAACUUUUAUCACUAUCAUGAGUAAUAAAAAAGUGUAUCGAGGCCGCAAGGGGUCGAAAUAUGAAACAUGGUCCUCAAAAAAAAACUCUAUUGAAACGACCAUUGAAUCGUUUCGAAGCAGAGUCGAGUUUCGAAGGUUUGAGUGCGUCCGCGAAAAAACUAAAAUUAUCUGAAGAUAAAUAUAACGUGGAAAUAAAUAACGAAUUUGAUUAUCGCUUUAUUAAUUUUAUGUCUGUAAUGAAUGCCAUUUCUCAAGCAAUUUUGUGCAGAAAAUGUGAAAUUGAUGUGUCUUUUACUGAGUCCGUUAAUCGCGGGAUUUAAAAUUGUUGUUACUUGCAAACAAUGUGACAAGACUGAAAUUCCUAAUAGUCCAUUGAUUAAAAAUGCAUAUGAAAUUAAUCGUAGAUUUACGCUUACAAUGCGAUUAUUAGGCGUCGGGUUGAAUGGUAUAAAACAUUUUGUGCAUUUAUGGAUCUCCCGCGGCCAGUAUAUUGAUCAUUUUAUGAUACUUGUUGUGAGUGCGCGACACUCACACAAACUUUACUUGUAAUAAUGAUAAGGGUGUCGAGUGACACCUCGCGCGAUGACACCGUCCGACCUUGCUACCGGGCAUCGCACCGGCCUUCACACCGGACAUCACACCGGGCAACAUAUCCGGUUACUUAUUUUGCCACCCGAAAUCUCCUGAUUUCCGGUGGAAUGCGCUUAGCUAGCAAUUGCUGGCUAAGCUAGUGCACGGGCCAAAGGCCCGUGACCGCGAGUGACAUGCCUUGGUAACCAGCCGAAAGGCUGAGUAUAUAAAGACCGCGGAAAGAGAACGAGUGGGCUCAUAAUUAAUAAUAAUAGCGACGAGUAUAUGUCGCUCGUCGAAUCUACAAACUAUGCUUAGUAAUACAUCUCACGGGUUCGCUAAAGAAACUGUAAAAGAAGAACAAAUAUAUAUCUCUUGUUAUCAACUCUCGGCGUUAUCUUUUGGAACCCUGAUUCCGAGGAGUCAUCGGCAGCGGUCCCGCACUGUAUUCCGAGACGAGGGAUACAACAAAUUGGUGGCAGCGGUGGGAUUCACUGCCGAAAUAUACCGAAAAGGAAAAAACGCUCUCUAACGGACUCAGCACCCAGAGGAAAACCGCCGAAGAAACGUUAAAAGCCAGGGCAACAAUUCACCCGAGGCGCAACGAAGUCGAUCUGCUGAUCCUCCGAGACCAGGAAGGAAAAUAGCACCGGACAACAGCGAUAGCAGUGUUAUCUAAGACGACACCGACCUACCGCAACGUGACGCACCAGCCACAAGCAGCUGAGCGACGGACAACAUGCAGCGAUACACCGCGGUAAUAUUUAUAAUCUGGGUGACGCUAAGUUCCGCAGAAGACCCGGACAUGAAGGCGCCGUAUGAAAUAGAAAAAUUUACGCACCAUCCAGGGAUAUAUUUUGAAAAGCUAGGAGGAUUACAUCAGGUUGAAUCCUUCUGGAAGGUGGUCAUCAAGAUAGACGUGACGUCACUAUCAAAACGACUCACACAGGUAGAAAAAUACGUACGCAAAACGGAUAAUCUAUGCAAAAUGAUAGCAGUCAUAGGUAAAGAAACAUGCGAAAAUCUACACAGCGUCAUUGCAAAAGGGUGUGAAAGAACUAAUAAACUAAUAGAACGCAUAAACUCAACAUACAAUACAAGAAUACACAGAAGAGGAUUAAUGGACGGGAUAGGGUCAGUCGCAAAAUCAUUGUUUGGUACGAUGGACGCAAACGAUGAAAAAUUAAUUAACGAACAACUAACGGUAUUACACGACUCACAGGAAUUAAACAAACACGCAAUAAAAAACCAAAUAAAAAUAAUGCAAGCCACUAUCGCUCACAUUGAUAACAGUGAAAGAACUAUUCGACAAAACGAAAAUACUCUCGCGGACGCGGCAGACAAACUAAGAACAAAAUUAUUAGAAGAUGAACGCCAAAGUAACCUACACGAAAAUUUUAUAAUAAUUAACGCGGUACUGUCUGAUCUAACACGCGACGCGGAAGACGUAGUAGAAUAUUUAACGUUUUUAAAAGAAGGAAUUCUGCAUCCCCGGUUAACACCCAUUUCAAUAAUAAUAGAAUCACUUAAAGACGCUAGCUCGCAAUUGCCCGAAGGACUCUACUUCCCAUUCAGAAUAAAAGAGAAUGAAUGGUCGACAAUAGAGAAAUUUGCGACAGUAGGCGCAUACUGCGACUAAAUAAACAUAUAUACUAUUUUACGAUUCCCUCUAAUUUCGAUGCCAAAAUACGAAAUACUAAGUGUAAUUCCGUUACCUAUCCCAAGUCAGAACAACAUUUUCUCGUUCGUAGAAAUUAACAAUCCCCUGAUCGCAAUAGACACAGAACAGCGUACUUAUAUAAUCCUCGCAAAGAACGACCUGCGGAAAUGCAUAGAGAUAAAUACCGAAUACCUAUGCGCGGAAAAUCACCCUGUAUAUCGAAUAAACCCAGACUCUAUCUGCGAAAUAAAAAUGUACCUAGAAACUAAAGAUCAUUAUAAAAAUUGUAACAUAAAAAAUACGACGUUGAACCAUAGCCUUUGGAUAGCGCUAAGUAAUUCACACUCGUGGCUAUACUCGUCACCACGAAAACAAGUAAUUACUCUACAUUGUAAAGACCACGGAAAAAUAAAGGAAACAAUUGAAAAAGUAGGCAAAAUUACAUUAAAAAAUAACUGUAAGUUAGUGACAGAAAAUACAAUUAUAAGAUCACCCAAGAUGUCACAUGAGGCAAGAGUAGAAUCAUAUCUACCUCAGUAUAAUAUUUCACUACCACAGAAGCCUGGCUUAGAAAACGAUACAGGCCUCAAGGAAAUAAAAUUAAAAAAUAUUAUACCAAAUCCGACGGAAUUAAAAAAUUCCAAGGAUAAAUUAGAGGAGAUAGACAACGAACUAGAUAAAAAUUCAAGUUCGAUUUUUCAGUCGCCACACUUUAUUUUUCCAAUGGCAACAAGCGGAACAACAAUUGUAAUAAUAAUAAUAGCCGUAGUAAUAGGAUUUAUUAUAAUAAAAAAGAAAAAGCGGAAUAACAAUAAGCGGGUCACAUUAGAUAUAGAUACA